GAACAGAGUUUUGUAAAGACAAAAAGGCUUGCAGCUGUUGUUGUCGAACUUCCCUUCACAAAUGGCAAUUCAAGCUAGGGCUAGCCUGCUAGCAUCGCAGCUAGCAGUAUUUUGUUAAUGCGUUAAUGGCCGAUAACAGCUGAUCUCUUUCACUUGCACCAGAAAGCCCGUGUUCAUCUGUCAGACAAAACAUGCCUUCUUCUCUGCACUGACUGCGAAAAUGGUGUGAAAACUGGUAAAGUGACAGAACUGCACAGACAACUGGAUAUAGUCUCCAGAUAUGAUGGAGAAUUCUCCUCACUCAAAUAUUUCUGAAUAUGGAGACGAUGAGGACAUAGAUGAGGAAGAUGAGGAGGAAGAGAUGGAGGACAACGAUCAAGAAGAAACUAACAUGGAACCACAUGUGAAGUCAUUGUACCCUGACCUCCACGAAGAUCCUGAUCAGGAUUCUGAUUCGGAGUGGGAUUCUUUUCCGUGCCAGCACUGUGAGAGACAUUUUACCAGCAAACAAGGCUUGGAACGUCACAUGCACAUCCAUGCCUUGGACAACAGCCAGACACAUACAUUCAAAUCCAGUAACAGCAAAACGCCCUUUGGUUCAAAGAUAGGCCACCGGCAACAUGAGAAGAGACAUGAACAUCGCACCGGCUCUUUGAACAAACCAUCAGAUUCUUCAGGCUCUGUCAUGCAAACUGGUAUUCAAGACCCUACUUCAUCCCCCAGUGGUUCAGGUACUUCUGUUUUGGCUGCUAGAGACAUGACUAGUCAGCCAGACAAACAGGGAGCAUUAGAAGUGGGUCAUGCUUGCAAGUAUUGUGAAAAGAUAUUCAGUACACAUACUAAUAAGCGACGACAUGAGCGCAGGAUCCAUGAGCACCACCUUCGGCUCAGAUGUGUAGAAAAAAAACAACUGCCUGAGGAGGAAAAUCUUCAGAGAAUAUCAAGUGUGACAUCUCAACAGGAAACACAGCAGAGUGACAGUACAUUUCCCACAGCUCUUCCGGAAAAUGAAGGGGAACAAACGGAACAGUAUAUGCUAGACGUCCCUAGCAAUAUCUCUGAGAAUCUUAGCAUUUACAUUGAUGGAAAAAUUGUGUCAACAAGCACAGUCAGCAGCUGUGAUGUAGCUGAGGUUAAUUCUGGGUCGUCUACUUUGGUUGGAUUGGAUGCCCUGAUUCUUGAUCCUGCCCAAAUCAGCCAAGUUCUGAAUGCAGACACAGGUUCAGGCAAAGAGGUACCAGGUCAACCACUUCCCAAGAGAAGAACUGCAACGCCACCUCUUUUACCCCAGAUUAAAACUCAACUGGAGUCUGAGGUGGUUGUGUCGUCAUCCUCAUCGACACUCGUAUCCUCUUUAAUAGAAAAUCUACUUCCUCAGAACACAGAAUCUACAGUCGUGCAGAAAGAAAGAACUGUGUUUUUGUCUCCGAAGCUGAAACAGCUGCUGGAGAAGCAGGAUGGCCUUAAACCUACUCUUGCCCUCAUUACAGAUGGCCAGAAGCCUUGUUCACCUCUCUCCCUUUCCGUCCUGCCUGCAGGAACGGGGAGGUUCAAAAGAAGGACUGGAUCUCCAACUAGCUCUCCACCGCAAACAUCUAAUGAGGAAACCGUAGUGUCCGAUACAGGAGAUUGUGAUACUUCUAGUACAGCACAGACAGAGACCCAACACAGCUUACCUGUGCACAAAAUAUCCACUGAGAGGGAUAGCGCAACUCCACCUGUAGAAGAGCCAGUAAAAAAUAUUAUCUUGGCAGAGGGCUGGCCCUCAAUAACUGGGGGUAAUUCUUGUAACCAACAACCACUGGAUCUCUCAAAUGCUGUCAAAAGAAAUGAAGAUGAGUCUUUAGCGGAUGCUGUGCUAGACUUGAGUUUGCAAAAAAAGAGCCCAGAUGACCCAGACUUGCCAUCAAAUUUAAUUACUGAGGCAGCUUUGAAAAAAAGAAAGCCAAACACUUGCAUGUUGGAAAAGGUGUUGAUGAAUGAUUAUGCAAAUGUGGACACUGGUGAGCAAAACGUAAGUGCAGGGAAUCCUGAAACUCCUUUAGUCACAGACUUUGCCAUAGUUACAAAUUCAGAUAUGGUGACCCCAGCGGAGCCUGUUACAGAAGGACUUGUUUAUGGACUUGCGCUACCUUCCAAUUCUCUCACUCCGUCACCCUCCUCUCUUACCCCAGUGGCCUUGCAGCCAGCCUCACCAUGCACUAUAGCAUUUGCUACGCCAGCCUCACACUCAGUGCUCCCAACUGCUUCUUCAUUAAUUACAGUUCUGGCACCACCGGCUUCUAUUUCUAACCCAUCAAACCCACCAAUCCAGGUACUGGCUCCAAACAUAUCUCCUGAACCUUUGGUAAUCUGCACAGAAAAUACAUUAAAUUCUUCAGAGUGUGAUUUAACCAGCGCAUUUACCACUUCAAAUGCUGCAAACCUUGUUACCCUCUCCCAACCUCUUGACCCAGCUCUAAAUCUACCUGGUCACGUGUUUCUUACUGAUCAAAUUGCUCUCAAUGCACCUUUGGUUGAAUCUACAGCUGGUUCACAAGUGCCAUUCACACCCACAGUAACUUUAAACGAUCCCCUCAUUAACUCUUACAAUAUUACAAGCAAUACAGUUUUGAUAGAGUGUACAAUAGCUCUUGAAGCCCCAGGGAAUAUUGUCCCUGCUGCAAUUACCUUACAAGAAAAUCCUGUCGAGCCUCCAGCACCUGCUCAGAUGGUUAUAAAUCACAUAGAGCAGCAACAGAUUGUAUCAGUACCUAACCCUCAAACUGUUGACCCCACUAUUCUAGUGUCCUCAAUUGCAGAAUCAGUAACUCUGUCAACCACCUCUACAGUCAUAUCUGAUUGUCCUGCAGCAAGUGAAUCAAAUCCUGCCCCAGAACCUGUUGUCAAUGAGCCUCCACUUCCAAAAGAAGAGGCGCCACCAGCCCCAAAAGAAGAAGAAACUGCUGACAAUUCCACUCCCGCACCCGAAAUCUCAGCUAAAACCCAACCUCCCUCUGAAAAAGCUGAAGAGGAAGAAUCCUCAAAUGACACAUCUAGUGACGCACAACAGCAGACUUUCACCAAGAACUUCAUCUGCAAUGUGUGUGAUAAGCUUUUCCAUUCAAUGAAAGAACUAAGCCAUCAUGUAAGCGACCAUGCCGAUGAAUGGCCCUACAAAUGCGAGUUCUGCGUGCUGCUCUUCGGUAAGCCCUCUGCUUUGCUUGACCACCGCACCAGCCUCCACGGUGUUGGCAAGACGUACGUUUGCAGUGCAUGCACAAAAGAAUUUGUGUACCUUUGCAACUUGAAACAGCAUCAGGAGGAACUGCAUCCUGGCCAGCAGUGUACAUAUACGGAGGAAGAAAAAGGCAAACUUAGACCUCAGAACUACAACAACUCCACGAAAGUCAACUCAGAAGCUUCAGCGCCCUGUGCCUCAGAGGAGUCCAUGAAAUCUGUUAAGAAAGAAGAAGGUGACGUAGAUGCUGCUGCUGAAGAAUUGUUUACAACAAUAAAAAUAAUGGCCUCAGAUGGAGGUAAGCUCAAAGGGCCUGAUGUUCGUCUUGGCAUCAACCAGCACUACCCAAGCUUUAAGCCACCUCCAUUUCCAUACCAUAAUAGAUCACCUGCAGGGUCGGUGGCUUCAGCCACAAACUUCACCACCCACAACAUCCCCCAAACAUUCAGUACAGCUAUUCGUUGUACCAAGUGUGGAAAAAGCUUUGACAACAUGCCAGAACUGCACAAACACAUUCUUGCUUGUGCAAAUGCCAGUGAUAAAAGGCGGUACACACCCAAAAAGAAUCCCAUCCCACUUCGCCAUUUUGCAAAGGCUCAAAAUGGAGUGUUGUCUUCUACUAAUUCUCCUAAUGGACUAAAUGGUUCCCACAGAGCAAGCCAGGCAAACGGGCCCAAACCUAACCAAGAAUCAUCAGUAAAAGUGAAGCUCAGUGCACUUAGCAAAAGGAAAAAAAAGUUGGUCCAAAGGGCUAUGUCACAGAGGAACAAGACAGCUUCUUCAUCAAAUAAAGUCACCGCUGCAAAGGUGGAUGAGGAGCAGGAGGUAUUUGUCUGCCCGCACUGUAGCAGGGAGUUCACGUUACGUCGUAGCAGAACCAAACACAUGGCAGUCUGCCCCAAGAAACCUAAAGAAGUGAAGAAAAGGAAAGAUAUAGGAGUUUCUGUCACCAAGGAGAAUAACGGCCACCUGCGUAGAGGGGUUACUCACCUGGAAGAAAAACGACAAGCCUCUGCUCAUCAGAAAACCAGACUCCGGACUUCCAGCCCUGCUAAGAGGCCGGCCAUCCUGCCUGUGCAAACUGUCCUUUCAAACAAAAAAAGUAAAAUCAUCAUUAAAGAUAGUGUGCAACCAAAACAGGACGCACCAUCACUGAGUGAGCUCCCCAUUGUUCGUACUUUCAAUCCCUCCAUGCGCCAGUACAGUAGAGUGCAGCAUAGUGUCAAAGAAAUCCCAAUUAAAAUCACCAUAGUGAAACCACAACAGGCUCAACCACAGCCCAAGAAGGAUGAGUCCCCACCCAGCCAGAGCCGAGAAGCGUCAGCUGGAGGUGUGGCCCGCAGCUUGCAGCAGAGAGCUACACCUUCAGGGAAAGCAAAACUGAUGCCUAUUCAACAGCCCACAAGGGAUCAGCAGGAUCCUGUUGCAUGAAGCUCCUGUGAGGGGGCUGGAGGAAAUCCUGCAGAUACUAAAGGGAGAUAACUGCUAAUUGUGCAGUCAGCCCUGUGGACUCACAGAAUGCAUUAUACUGUACAAUACAUCUGAACUGAGGACAGAUGGAAUGACUGACUAAGGAUGCUGCAGUGAGUGGAUGUGCUUAACCGAGAUGAAUUAAUAUUUGCAUUUUUUGUAGUAGCAAACAGUUUUGUAGAUUUCUCACCCGUUGCAUAAACUUUUUGGCUUGGAUUUGCACUAUUUAUCUGUGACUGCAGCGCGUCACAGAAUGUAAAGGGAGCAGGGGGAACCGAACUGUGAGGCAAUUCUCAUUUGAAUUUAGUGGGUUAUUUAGAGAGUACAACAGGUGGCAAUCAUAUUUUCAGCAUGCAGUUGCACUUUUCCUUAUCUGUUGUCUGUGGCCUUUUGCUUUUGUUGCAUGGUGUUAGCUUGUACUACAGCUACAUUUCACCUUUUGCUCUGUAGCUUCUCAACUGCAAAUUUUGGAGCAUUUUACUUUGAUGCAGGACAGGCCUUAAAUGUUGGCUCUUGUUGGUGGUCCAGUUGACAAAAAUCAACUCAUGGAAUUUCAUGAAAGACAAGAAUGAAGUCAAACUAAAUGUGGGCAAGUGUCUUUGAAUACAAUACUAGAAAAAUAGCAGCAACAUACUGUGUAGUACAGUGCACUAUUGAUUGAAGUCAGUGUUUUCAUCAAUGAUGUGAAUGUACCAUUUGGUAAAAUUAAUAGCCCUCAUGAAUCAAAAUUGUAUAUAUGUAAUCUGGUUGGCUUAGUCACUAUGUAUUUGAAUUGAGAAAUAAUACCAUUGAGAAUAAUGCUCUUGAUGUGCCAUCAUAAAUAUGUAUGAAAUGACUACAUGUGGCAGGAAUGUGAUCAAGUAUAAAUUAUAGUUUGUUGUAUUUGCACUGCAGUUUUAAGACCGCAGAUCAAUAAUGGAUAUUCAGUACAGCCUGGAUGUAUCUCCGCCAAUUUGAUAAUGGGCUUAUUGGAGAAAACAUUUACUGAACUACUACUUCUGCUUGGGUUGAUUUCUAAUGUUAGGUUUUCAUGAGAUUUUGGCUGAAGUUAUAAUUCUGGCAUAAUUAUAGUAGCCUUGUUUGCUUUUAAUGUCUUUACUUUGCACACCUUCAAAAAAAUGUUUGUGAAUAGCAUUUUGUUUUGUUUUUUUUUCCCCAUUCAAAAACUGGAAAUUUCCAUAUGUGAAGUAUAGCCGGUUCAAAACAUUUGGUUGUCCGUAUUGUACAAGCACUUAUUUGUUGCUUACAUACUGUAUAAAAGUUGUUGACGGUUUAGUGUGUAAAGUGUGUUUAAUGAAUUCCAAUAUGUAUAAAUUACAAAAUGGAGAAAAUAUUAAUAUAGGGUAAUUUUUGCUAGAGCCCUGUAUUGAAAUGUAUGAAACAUCUGUGGCAAGUUGUCACUAAUUUCAAAGUGUGAAUGUGAUGCAGUGUAUCUAUGUUUAAAAUUUUCAUAAACUACUUGGAUUAAACAUCCAAGAGUACGCUAUACAGGGUAGUUUAAAUUAU